AUGGCGGGUCGCGGCCGACCGAAGAAGAACGACGUCCAAGGGACUCGACGAAGCACGAUGAAGACCUUGCGGAAGAAAGGACCGACUUCCUCCGAUAGGGUCGCCAAAUCGAAGUCGAUGGCAGAGGCUAUAGGAGUGGAAGCACUCUCUGUUUCUGGCGAUGAGACGGAGGGAGAGGGGAUUGCGACGGCAAUGGAGCAGGAGGCUAUUACUCCCCGAGUCAUUUUUGGGCGCGCCCAUCAGGAACAGGAGGUUCGGUCGGAGGUUGGAGCUCACCAGACGGAGGUUGAGGCUAAAUCUGGUAAGAUUUCUAUAUCCCCGAUUCUUCACUCUGGGGAGAUUACACAGAAUUUAAAUCAUAGAUUUGGAGAAUCUGAAGCAAAAGUGAAAUGCCCAUCUGGGGUUAAAAUUGAUAUGGAAGACAUUCAAGAGGAAAUCGAUUAUUGGGAUUCUGCCUUAGUAUGCUAUGUACUGGGAGCAAACAUUCCUUUUCAUGUUUUUGAUGGAUUUGCUAACAGAAUGUGGAAGGAUAAAGGAUUGCAUAAGGUGGGAGUAUUAGCGAAAGGAAUUCAUAUUGUUAGAUUCACUUCAGUGACUGCCAGGGAUGAGGUUCUUCACGGAGGGUAUAUGUUUUUUGACAAGAAGCCAGUUAUUAUGAAAGCCUGGGAUCCCUAUACUGAUUUUACUCAGGCAAAUGUCUGUUCGGUAGCAACUUGGAUUCAAAUCCCUGGAUUGGAUCUUAGAUACUGGGGGGAACGGACACUGUUCAAAAUUGUUGGGCAAUUAGGAACUCCUCUAAUGCUAGAUGAGGUGACCAAGAACAAAGAGCUAUUGAAUUUCCCUCGGGUGAUGAUUGAGGUGCAGCUACACCAAUCCUUUCCUGAUGAAAUUUCGUUCACUAAUGAACUGAAUCAGGAAGUUGUGUUGCCGGUGAAAUAUGAGUGGCUACCGAUUGUUUGUGAUCAUUGUUUUGGUAUGGGGCAUAAGUCAGCGGUGUGCAAGAAGAAAGAGGUGCCAAAGCAGGCAUGGGUGGUGAAAAAGAAAGAGGCAGCGACGAACAUAAACAGCAAAACAGUUGAGGGACACGAGGAUGAUGGCUUUCAACAAGUUACAAAGGGAGUUAAAGGGGUCCGGAUGGAAGUGAAGGAAAGGACAGGUUUUGAAAUGUCAAAUAAUUUCGGGGUCUUAAUAGAUACAGGGGAAUGCUCUAAGAUUGAGAAUGAAGAGGAUCGUACACAGGGAGGGGGGGAGCCUCCCUUGGGGAAUGGAUAG